AUGUCACUUCCCGUGGGUUACGCCCUCCACGUGGGUGUCCCCUUCGUGUCCACCUACCUGCACCUGCGUGAAACCGCCGGCCUCUCCGUACGAACGCCGGAGCAAGCGAUCGCCGCUCUGCAAGGGAGCUGGGCCGCCUGCUACGUCGUCCGUACGGAGGCUACUAGUACGGCCUCGGAUGCCCCGUCGUCAUCGUCCUUGUUGUCGUCCGCAUCCACCGCUCCGAAGCCACCCGACCCCGAGAUCGUCGCUAUGGGCCGCGUGCUUGGCGACGGCGGCUGGUACUUCGUCGUUGCCGAUAUGGCUGUCCACCCGCUCCAUCAACGGCGCGGGCUCGGGGACGUCAUGUUGAAGCAUCUCCUGUGGGAAAUCACGGCCAGGGCACCUCCGCAGCCGUACGUCUGUCUGUCGGCCGACGCGGCGGGACGCAGGCUAUAUGCGCGGAACGGGUUCGUGGAGACGGCACCGCAGUCGGUGGGCAUGGUCUGGCGGCCGGAAUGA